CGCUAACGCUGGGCUUGAAGUUUACCGCAGCCUGGAACAGGUGAACUACCCUUGCGGCAUUGUUUGGGAGCGGUGACUUAUGAUUUAAAGCAGGACAUCUGUGUUCCAGUUAAAUUAAAGAGUACCGGGAAGGUUUCCUGCAUACUGGUACCGCUCAUAAAUUGCCGGUAGGUUAUAACAAGUUGUAUCCAGCACGCCGUACCUGGGGAGAACUUCCUCAUCCUUUGCCAGCUGAGAUGGAGGCCGGUGGUUCCAGCUGGCCAACAGUGUUGGCGCCCCCCCGUGGCCAGGAGAAUGGCAGCGGGCAGGUCUUCGAAGUAGUGCUGCAGAACGGCUCGGCCAGUCGCGGCUCCCAGUUUGCAGGCGUGGAGCUCCUGCAGUCCUUCAAGGGCGUCAUCAUCCCGUGUUACGCCCUAGUAGUUCUGAUCGGCGUCUUCGGCAACUACCUGCUGCUUUAUGUCAUCUGCCGCGCCCGCAAGAUGCACAACGUCACCAACGUCUUCAUCGGCAACCUGGCUUUCUCCGACAUGCUCAUGUGCGCCACCUGCGUUCCCUUCACGCUGGCGUAUGCCUUCAACCCUCGCGGCUGGAUCUUCGGCCGCUUUAUGUGCUACCUGGUGUUCCUCAUCCAGCCCGUCACCGUCUACGUGUCCGUCUUCACGCUCACCGCCAUCGCCGUCGACAGGUACUAUGCCACGGUGCACCCCCUGAAGAAGCGCAUCUCCAUGCCAGCAUGCGUCCACGUGCUCCUGAGCAUCUGGCUGCUGUCAUGCGGGCUGGUGGCCCCGGCCGUGGCCCACACCUACCAUGUGGAGUUCCGUGAGGAGGGCUUCACCAUCUGCGAGGAGUUCUGGAUGGGCGAGGAGCGCCAGCGGCUGGCAUACGCCUACGGCACGCUGCUCAUCACCUACGUGCUGCCGCUCUCUGCACUCUGCAUUUCCUACCUGUGCAUCUCUGUCAAGCUGCGCAACUGCGUGGCGCCAGGCCACCAGACGCAGAGCCAGGCGGAGGCGCAGCGGGCACGCAAGCGCAAGACCUUCCGGCUGGUGGCACUGGUGGUGGCGGCCUUCGGCGUGUGCUGGCUGCCCAUCCACGUGUUCAACGUGCUGCGCGACAUCGACAUCGAUCUGAUCCACAAGCGCUACUUCCUGCUCAUUCAGCUGCUGUGCCACCUCUGCGCCAUGAGCUCCUCCUGCUGCAACCCCUUCCUGUACGCCUGGCUGCAUGACCGCUUCCGCGCCGAGCUGCACAGGAUGUUCUCAUGCCACCGCCGCAUCGGCGUGCCCACCGCCAACUGCCCCGCCGCCAGCAUGGUGCUGUGAGAGGGCCCUAGGGGAGUAGCCAAAACAAAUUCACUGAGAUAAGCCCAUCUCUGGCUAAUUGGCGAUUUAGUGUCGCCCUGACGGCAUUCCAAAACAAUGCUGAAAUCAUGUGCAUGAUGUCACUUCCUGCCAGACAUCAGAUCUAAGAACCACGGGCAUCAAAAAAUCCUAUAGGCAGAUGGCAGCGUGUACUAGCUGCCCUGUUUGGUUGGUCAGCUGGUGCCACAUUCUGACCCUCCCCGGCAAAAUAGGAAGAUGACAAAUGACAGCUAGUUAAUACUAGUUCAUGAAAUUUUGCUUAAAGUCCCAAAAAGCGUGGGCCAGCCCUGCUGACACCAUCCCUAGACAUGGUUUGGAAUGAGGAGGGACAGCUUGUUAGUAAGAGAUACUAAUCCGGGGGGGGCAGGGUCGAGAGACCUUGGAACGCUGAUGACAGCAAGCGGUUAAGGAGUUACUGAUUCAACUGCCUAAAGGAGUUUUGCUGUCGUGCCUCUGAGAAAAGUACAGGUAGUCGCCAGGUUUCAAACAAGAUCCGGUCUCUAAAUCUGUCUUGAAGUCCAAUUAGUAGGUAAGUCAGAAAAACAAUAAUACAGAACAUAAUAAUGACAAUUAUACAAUAAUAAAAGUAGCUACAUACGGUACAUCGAGCCAAAGAACCGCUGAAGCCAUGUGAUAUUCAAGAGCAUGACAAAGUAGUGCGCGCGUUCGUUAUUAUGAACCUCUGUAUUUAACCCGAAUUUUUUAUAUAAUAGGCUUUAUGGCAGUCCAUUCGUAAGUACGAGUUAUCUGUAAGUCGGACAUUCUUCAACCGGGGACUGCCUGCACUUGAUCAUCUGUAUUUAUCCAUAUUGAUGGAUGAACGUUGCCUUGGGUAACAGCAUCAGUGAGUGUGUGUACACUCUCCAGAUGCUUGUGGAUGUAUGACUGGGGUACAGCAAAUUCAUAACAAAUGAGUCAAAAUUCACAAUAACGGCCUGCCAUUUCUAUUCUUUAUUUGUCUUCGACACCAAGAGUAUUUUUAAAGUAAUCUGUACAUAACAUUUCAGAGCACAGAAUUGCAAGCUUUGAUCUGGAAUCUAUAGUUCAGUCACCAGCCCACAAAAGAACUGAUGGAUUUAACAACAACAUUACGUGAACAAAGGUUUUUGUUUUUGUUCCUCCUUGAAAACAUUUUGAUUGGAUAAAGCUCUCCUCUGAUUUGCAUUUCAGUGUUAUUGCUUUGUGUUA